AUAUAAAAUCUUGUACUCCAUAAAAAAGUUUAUAAUUUUAAUACAAUAACGGAGAUUUUAGUUUAAAUACAGAACGCAAAAAUAUUCUAUGCGUCUGCUUCUUUCUGUGCAGUUGUGGACAAUGCUACAAAUAUGCGGUAUCUCGCGGUUUUUUUCAACCGAAGCACGUGCCAUUGCACCCCGUACUCGCAAUAACAACAAUCUCAUUAAAUUCAAAUUGGGAUUGUUUGUUUUAUUAAAUUUAUUAAUUAAAACAAAUUGUCAAUUAUUAAUCAACGUACAAAAUCAGGGUGGCGAAGUUAUUCAAGAGAUUAUAACAUCUAAUGUUAGUGAAGAUUUAAUAACUCUUGAGUUUCAGAAAACGGAUGGGACACUUAUAACGCAAGUUAUUGAUUUCAGAAAUGAAGUGAAAAUUUUAAAAGCGCUGGUUUUGGGCGAAGAAGAACGCGGUCAAAGCCAAUAUCAAGUUAUGUGCUUUGUAGCCAAAUUUAAUAAAGGUGAUUUUAUUUCAUCAGACGCAAUGUCAAAAUUGCGACAAAAAAAUCCUAGUAAUAUACGUACACCCGAAGAGGAUAAGGGCAAAGAAACUUUCACUAUGACAUCAUGGGUGCAUCUAAAUCGAUCCACUCCCAUAUCACGUCAUUUAUAUGGCGUUUGCGCUGAAGCAAUUGAUGCAACGUACGUAAGGGAUGUAGACUUAAAGGCUUGGGCUGAAUUACCAGGAUCUUCAAUUUCAAGCUUGGAAAGUGCAGUAGAGAAGUUUCCCGAUACAUUAUUCUCGCGUUGUAACGAGAUUCACUUAAUAUGCGGAUAGAACAAACUACAGUUAAACAGUGAUAAAAAUACACAGGUGAUCGCUCCACAAAAAAGUAAAUGGCUGUUAUAAUUCAAACAGCAUCUAGCAUCAAGUAGUUAUAGUAAAUUUACACCUAAACAAAAAUUUUAGAAUAGGAUAAAAAUAUUAAUAAUAUGACAAAAUAGUGAUUGAUGUAAAAGUCCACAUGCUAAGAUAUAUAAAAAAAUUCGAAGUGACUUCUAAAGUUUAAAAAUGUACAAGAAUAAAGUGGGAAAAAUUAUUUAAGAAAUAUAUGUAUGUCAUAUAUAUGUACACUAAACUGGUCAUUAGUUGUGUGGGAAAAUUUUUUUUUUGAUUUUCAUAUGUUUCUGCUUCUUAAAAUAUUCCUUUUGAUGAUAAAUUAAGGAAAAUAAAAUUUGAGAUCGAUCGCAUUGUGCCAACCCGUGCCGAGUUGAGCUCAAAGUUGUAAAAGUACCUCAAUAUAGAAAAAGUCAUAAAAUUACUACUUUGCUCGUAAAAUAUUUCAGGAAUAUUUUUGACUAAUUUACAUUAUUUAUAUGUUUUUACCUAAUUAUACUCUAUUUUGUUUGUUCUGUUUACCCAUUAUCGUUGUGUUUACGGAAUACCAAGUAUUUUUUCGGUAUUUUCUCAUGUGACGACAAGAGCAAGUCGGUCAACUUUUUCUUUACCCUUAAUUUCUGGUAGGAGUUUUCCAUCCCAAUGAAAUACAAAAGCUUGAGGGAUCUGCAAUUAUGUAUAUUAUAUAUAACUUCAAAAGUGAAAACUUUAACUAAUUUACAUCGAAAUUCUUUACAAUAUCAUGCGCUUUUCUGCGUUGGUAUUCUUUUCCCAUCAGAUGAACAGUUGUACGAUUGACGCGCUGAUCUAAUGCAGCUACUGUUGCACUUAUGAAAUGAAUUGCAGCUCUAGUAGAAAUUUUAGAUUUAUCCAUGCAACUAAGCAUUCUAUCAUCAAUGAAGUGUAUUUUUUCUCGUAAAAGACUAUCUGGUAUUCCAAUUGAAAUAUUUUCUUCCAUUGCUACUUCCGAGGACAAUGGAUAUUCCAUAAGAUCUUCAGUAUUAUCCCUAUGCUCAAUAUCGAGUCUAGAAUCUGUCGCUGCUAUUCGAAAAAUAUAUUUUCAUGUAGGAUUAUUAAAAACAAAUAAAGAAAUGUCAAACAUUGAUUCUUAUAUGUUAUUAUCUGGAACGCUUGAACAUAAAUCUUCCAUAUAUUGCUGUUUACGUUUAUCAACUUUCUCCAAUAGUUCUAACUUGCGCUUUUAUUUUUGUAAUAAUUUUUUAUCAAUGCCUGCGAGUGGAGAUUUGCUACUUUUUUAUAAUAACCUCCAUUCAUCGUACAAUUUUUGUAAUUUUUUUUUGGCAAUGAGAUUCAGUUAGAGUAGGAAUACGAGCCUUUUGCCAAAAUGGUAGUACGAUAGCAAUCACAUUUUUAAAACUUUCUUUCAAGGUCUUAUAGAAAAACAGUUGAAUUACUUACUUCAUUAACGGCAACUUUGCUCCAAAGAUUUCACUUUCACAUUUUCCUAUUAUAAAUAUAUUAUCGUCAUCGGAUCUAAGCCGCUUUGGACAUGAUUUUGAUUGCAGAGAUGAAACGGAAUUUAUUUCAAUUCAGAUUAAUUUUCGCAACGUAAAAUGAUCAAUUAUCGUUCAAUCUCUUUCUCAUUGUCAAUUUGACAGUCAAUAAACCGUUAUAAUAACAAUGUUGCAACUCAAGUUUCGUAAUACGAAAUUCAUUUCAGUGUUACAAUUUUUACUUCGUGCCAAAAUUAUGUAGGAAAUAUAAGCAGACUUAAGUGAAUUCAAUAUCAUAACGUAAAAAUAUAUAAAUAAUGUAAAUUAGUCAACUUUGAGGCCAACUCUGCACGGGUUGGCACAAUGCGAUCGACAAUGCGAUUUUAUUUUCCUUAAUUUAUCAUCAAAAGGAAUAUUUUAAGAAGCAGAAACAUAUGGAAAUCAAAAACAAAUUUUUUUGCGGCCACUCUAAUGUACACUUAGUAGAAAAAAUCUGCGUUCAACCACAAAAUUUUUUUUAAAUUUCGCAUAAUGUUUUUUAAAUUU